GUAUUUAUGCUUCUCCUUUCCGUAAAACAAAAAACAAAUCGAAAAAGAAGCUGCUCCUGAUCCACCUCCGUUCCCCCCUUCCGCGGCUCGUCUUCUCUUCCCUCCUCCGGCGAAGCCGAACCACCCCAGCGGCGAGAGCGAGCGCCGAACGACGGUGUGGGCUCUGCAAGGUACGCCCGCAGUACCACUGCGAUGGACCCCCGCCACCUCGGCGUCGGCGCAACCCCCGGCAGCGGCGGGAGUGGCGGCCAAUCAGUGGACGCGUCAGCGAGGCGCCGCCGCCGCAUGUCGGCCCCGUUGACAGGCACCCGCCUCAUGCUGGCCUUCAACGAUGCUGCUGGUGACGGUCAUGGCGGGAGGUCGUCCUCGUCGUCGUCGUCUUCCGGAGGGUUGGACCUCUCGUUAGAUGAACCGCACCCCCGCUACAGUCACCACCGUGUCUACCCCGAGUUCUCUCCGAUGUCGAAUAUGGGGCGCCUCCUCUUUCAUGGCUCUCCACUAGGGUCGCCUACGACCGACGACGAUGUCCUCGUCAUGGAUGGUGUGCUCGUUGCCGACGGCUUCAGCCCUGGCCCCAAGCGCUACGCCUCCUUCACUGACCUACGCUUGGUCCACACCAACUCCCCUGGCUCGGGCGGCAGCGGUCGCCACGGCUCCAGUCUCCAGGGACAUUUCAUCAAUCAAGCUCCUAUGCAUGGAAAUCUGUUCUUUCUCCGUCUGUUACUCUGGCUGGCUCUCUAUGGAAGUAUACACAAGAUGCGUGUCUUUCGGAAGUUUUCAUAUGGGAAGGAGUCUUGUGUGGUGCAAGCCAUGAAUCCAAGACAUUCUGAGGUGGAACUUCAGCGCGGGCGAUCAGUGCAGAGUGCCGGUCCCAACAUGCAGGCGAGCCCCAGAACCUAUCACCCAUCGUUGCAGGCAGCCGGCGUCACGACCAUACCCAUGAGGCCACCAGCCGCUCCGUACUUGACGCCUCCUAGAGCCGCCACCACCACCACUGCCACUGCCACUCCUGCGAGAGCGCAGGCCAGCUUCUCGUGGACACCAAAGCGGCCUGAAUCGAAGGCGCCGUCGGUGCAACGGGCGACGUUUGCCUGGCCGCCGACCGAGGAGGAGAACGCGUCCAUCAGCCAAUGCCUGUACGGUCCCCGUGGCGCCCCUCAGCGAAGGCUGCCUGUGUUCGUGAGCAUCUGCCCAGCGUGAAAACGCG